AUGACGACCCAGCAAGGAGCCAUUUCCAAGAGACGCAAGUUCGUCGCCGACGGUGUCUUCUAUGCCGAGCUCAACGAGUUCUUCCAGCGCGAGCUGGCUGAGGAGGGAUACUCAGGCGUCGAGGUCCGAGUCACUCCCACCGUGACCGACAUCAUCAUCCGAGCCACACACACCCAAGAAGUCCUGGGCGAGCAGGGUCGACGAAUCCGCGAGCUCACCUCUCUCAUCCAGAAGCGAUUCAAGUUCCCCGAGAACAGCGUCUCCCUCUACGCCGCCAAGGUCCAGAACCGUGGUCUCUCUGCCGUCGCGCAGUGCGAAUCCCUCCGAUACAAGCUGUUGAACGGCCUGGCCGUGCGAAGAGCAUGCUACGGUGUUUUGCGAUUCAUCAUGGAGAGCGGUGCCAAGGGUUGCGAGGUCGUCGUCUCUGGCAAGCUUCGUGCCGCCCGUGCGAAGAGCAUGAAGUUCACUGACGGUUUCAUGAUCCACUCUGGCCAACCGGUGAACGACUUCAUCGACACAGCCACCCGCCACGUCCUGCUGAGACAGGGUGUCCUGGGUAUCAAGGUCAAGAUCAUGCGCGGCAGCGACCCCGAAGGCAAGGCCGGCCCUCAGAAAUCCCUCCCCGACUCCGUCACCAUCAUCGACCCCAAGGAGGAGCAGCCCGUGGUGCAGCCCAUGUCGCAGGACUACGGCGCCAAGGCUCUCGCUGCUCAGCAAGCCGCUCAAGACGCUCGGGCGGCCCAAGAGAACGGCGAAGGUGCCGAGGAGACGUAUGCUCAGGAAUAA